UAUACAUAAUAAUUUUGAUCAAUUUCGUCUUGGACAAAAUUGAUUUAAUUCUACAAACAAUUAUAUGAAGGUUUCAUUUAAAGCGUAGCAAGUCGUAUCAAUUAUUCGUGUCGAUUGAUACAAUAAUUCGAUACAGAAAUUCCAAUGGAGAGAGAUAGGGCUCGGAGGAGGAAGAGGGAGAGAAGAAAGGCAAAGAGGAAGCAGUAUGCGAAUACCGCAGCGGCUUAGCGAGACAUUCUCUCGGGGGCGCCGAGCGACGGAUUACCAGCCGCGGUUUAUUCAUUCGUCCCAGAUGUUCAACGGGUCCCCCGGAGCACGGUGCACCUGCAUUUCGCACAACAGCGAUCAUUAAUCCUGUCCACGCAACCCCACUUCCAUCGUCCGCCCGAUAAAACGAUAAAGGAAAAAACGACGACGCAUAACACCUAUAGAAGGUGUUUAGAAACAUUCAAUGGAACAUUAUGAGAGAAGCAUCCAACAUAUUUCUGUACAUCCAGUCGUUGCACGGGAUGUGCAUUAUUUUUUGAACGACUCUCGAGAGCAGUGGGGAGCGACGGAAUCGUUUAUGCAAUGUGUACACGUGUUACGCACACAUCGGUGAAUUGAUGGAGCGUACGGUGGUGCCGACGUAGAAGUAGCAGAAAAUAUGUGAAACCGGGCGUCGAAAGGGCAUCGGCGUUCGUCCGUUCCCGUCGUCGUUCGUGCACCAGCGGUCAGAGACACGAGAGAGCGUUUCGGGUCGCGGUGGUAGGGCCGAUCGGGUGCAAGUGGAAGCGAGACGAACCAGCGAACCUUCUGGUGGGGACGCGGUGCGAGCAGGACAGAGGCUAGCCUGGUUUGCGUUUGCGGGAGCGAGGCGAGAGUCGCGCACGGUACGAAUCCGUCGUCGUCGUCGUCGUCGUCGUCGUCGUCCGUCCGGUGGCAUGUUUCAAACGCUCGACAUGCUUGUAGUUGGCGCGAGGUUCAGCUAACGUCGAAACCUGAAACGAGCAAGUGUGGCGGUGCAGCGCGUAAGUACGUGCCCCACGUAACCCUUUCCGCGAUUCACUCGUUUUUACUCGAGCUGGGAUAAUUUGACAGCGAGUGUCGCGCGCGCGCGCGUGUGUGUUUCCCAAGUGCCUGGCCUCGCGGUAACCGUAACACAGUGCUCGGUGGCGUGCGAGCAAAAGCGGAGCUCGUAACGUAACGCGGACAAUUCUGACAUUUGAGAGAAGAGUCAAGCCCGCCGGUGAAAACCAGGUGAAAUGUACUGGCGUCAGUGAGUGCGUUUCUUUUUAUUAAAGCGGGUCGCGGAUGCUGUCCCGUUUCGCAGCCCCGUGAAACUCGUGCCGUACGAAAAAGGAGAACGACCGCUGGGCCGUCGUUCGCAACGCCGGCUCGCAAUUUCCGCGAGACCGAGACUCGGAAUCCGCCGACAGCCUCUUCGCGAGUACGUAAGUGUCCGGCCGUUCGUUCGCCGGCACCAGUGCCGCAAGUAUUUUUAGAGUGAACCUGUCCGCCGUCGCGUGUAACCACCGGGUCCUUCGGGAAAUCGCGUUUCAGGAGAGCCGCCAGCGAGAAGAGAAACGUCGUCGUCGCUCCUCGCGAGAUGCUGCUGCAGGUAAACAGGCGAGGAGAAGAGGGUGAGAGUGUGAAAUAGAAUCUAGUGAACCGCACGACGAGUGAGACGAAAGGGUGAAAGUGUGAUUCUCGAAUUCGAGACGUAAUCGAUUCGGUGGUGUUUAUCGUGCUACCCUGGUCUACUUAUUUUUUUAAACGAGUGACCGGUGCUACGUCCAGGAGGGAACACACGAGGAAUACGAGAAAACAAAGUGUGACGAUAAUGUAACGGGCUGUUCUCUCGUGCAAAUGUAGGACCCCGCGUCUCAAGGCGAGAUACCAACGGCGGACUUUUCUUCGACGACGGUCAGCUAUGUUAACGGUGGAAUUCCGCUCGAGAGGAAUCUGAAGGCGGGGACUCUGACGUCACUCCGCUCAUGAUAAUGAGAGCGCAGUGAAAUAUGCCAAGGAGACGGAAUGGGGAGAUACCGCUUCCGGAAGGGUGGGACGUCGCCCAGGACUUCGACGGAAAAGUGUACUUCAUCGAUCACAACACAAGAAAGACGACGUGGAUCGACCCCAGAGACAGGUUCACGAAACCCCAAACGUUCGCUGACUGUAUCGGUAACGAGCUUCCGCUUGGAUGGGAGGAAGCUUACGACAAACACGUGGGCGCGUACUACAUCAAUCAUGUUAAUCAGACGACGCAACUGGAAGAUCCAAGGCAGGAAUGGCGUGCCAUUCAGGAGGCCAUGCUUCGGGAAUACCUUCAAACGGCGCAGGACGUACUCGAGGCGAAGAAGGAAAUCUACGAUGUGAAGCAACAAAGGCUGUGCCUAGCCCAGGAUGAGUACAAUCACCUCAACAACGCUCUGACGACCCUCGGUGCUUCGCGCACAAGUUUGUGCUCCAGUUCAAGUUCGUUGAGUACCAAGUACGAUCCGGAUCUGUUGAAAUCAGACGUCGCUCUCGCGAGGAGUCGCGUUUCCCGGUUGAAACGGGAACUCGAACAGAUCCGGGCCGAGAUGAACUGCACCCAACGUGGAGUAGACACCCUAGCGAGCGUUGAACAGAAAUUGAGCGGGCACCACGGAGGUUGCUACAACAUCACGGAGGCGCAGGCUAUUAUGACGGAGUUGCGGAACAUCCAGAAGUCCCUGAGCUCCGGCGAGAAGGAGAAGGCAGAGCUGAUGCAGUCCCUGGCGCAGCUGAAGGACGAGCUGACGCGGUUGCAGCUGUGCGAGGGUAGCCCGGAAGCCAGCACGCUGAGCUUGCCGCAGGAAAAGCUGAGCACAGCGUCUCAGACUGAUUUGUCCGGAGAACUGGUGCCGAUAGGCACGAGAUUAGCCGAGAUGGCCAGGAUGAGGCUGCAGUACGACGAGGCGAGGAAGAGGAUACAGCAUAUCCAGCAGCAGCUGGCUGAUCUGGAGGAGAAGGUGACUCCCGGACAAACGGAGAGCGACAAGGACAAACUACUCCUGUUCCAGGAGAAGGAACAAUUAUUGCGAGAAUUGAGAAGCAUCACGCCGCGGACUCGCACGCAGCAAGAUAUGAAGAAGAUCCAGAGCGAGAUACGAAGACUCGAGCAAGACCUGAACAACGCGCUCGAGCUGUCGAACAAGACGAUCACCGAUCGGGUCAGACUUCAUGAGGAGAAGCAGUUACUCUUGCAGCAGCUAAGGGACGCGUUGCGGUCCAUGGCGAUGCUCGAGGGCCAGUUGAAGACCCUCAGCGCCAGUACGCUUUCCGUCAGCAGCAGCUCCAGUCUCGGCAGUCUGAGCACGACCAGUAGUAAGGGUUCGCUGAGUUCUGGUCUCAGCUUCACGGAUAUCUACGGUGGUCCUCAGUGUCUGGGGCCGGUCAGUUCUCAACAGGAACGACCGGUGGACAUGGUCGACCUCCACAGGCGCGUGGAAAGGUUGCUGAAAGGCACCGAGCAGAAUAAUCUCGUGAGCACGCCGUCGCCUGGAAGGUCGCAGCCUAGCUUAUCUCCCAGGUCCAGUCUGUCCAGUGUCAGUCCUCCGGUCUCGCCUCUGUACGAGAACGCGCCCAUGGGUCCGCCGCCGGCGUAUGAACACGUCGAGAUGCAGAGGCGGCAGCACCAAAGACCCGUCGCCUCGGCCAACGCUCAUUUAGAUGGAAACCAGUUAGAGGACCGAUUAGCCGAGCUCAGGCACAUUCAGCAGCAGAGCUCGUCGCAUGAGCAACCUUGCGGGGUACAAGAUCGUUUGAAGUUGGUCGGCGGACCUCAUCCGCCUGUCGAAUUGCAGUCUGGCAACAUGUCACAGGGCAGCGGCCUCGGCAGGCCUGUCUGUGUAAUGCAGCAGCACCAAGUCGCCCAAGAACCGCCACCGCUCUCGCCCAUCAGCGAGACGCCGCCACCCACGGGUAUUCGUUCGAGAGCCAGUAGCUCUGGGACUAAUACUAGAUCUGUGUCGGCGGCGGUAUCUGAUGAGAGUGUAGCCGGCGACUCCGGCGUCUUCGAGGCUUCCAAUAGGAGGAAAUUGCCUGGAGUGAUCGGGGACGUUGACUCGCUCGCGCUGGGAGAGAUGAGCUUGGAGACGGCUCAGGUGCAGAUCAAGCUCAGAUACUCUGUGAGCGACGGGUUGCUCCACGUUGGAAUCGAGCGUGCAAGGAACCUAGCUGCUCUCUUUAUUCCUAACAACGCGCAAGUGUAUAUAAAAGCAGCGUUGCUACCGAUGCAGCCGCCCGUGAAUCACAUGUGCUGCACGAAACCCGUCGUCGAUCUGCGUAAACCAACGUUCGGCGAAACCUUCCCGAUCGCUGUACCAUUGAACAAACUGUACACGAAAACAUUGCAAGUGAACGUCUGGUGCACCAACACCGAGUCUGAGGAAUGCUUGGGCUCGGCCCAAGUGUCCCUUGCAGACUUUAGUCCGGAAUCGCCCAGCGUGAAAUGGUACAACAUCCUCUCGUUCCGGUUCAUGCAGCCGUCGGACAGUCUGAGUACGAGCACCAGCAACAGCAAUAGCGUGUCGACGAGUGUGGCGACCAGGCAACAGACGAAGCACGACAAGCAAGAGUCCGAUCUGUCUGUAUACCGCGGCGGACAGAACGCGAAAGAAGAGAGCAGCGACGAGAGCACGAUCAUCAGCUCGCAGACAUCCACGCUGACCAGGAACCAGGGCUGCGACGAGCUUCAAACGGCAAUCUCGUUGAGGCUCGAGGAGUUGGCCAAUUGCUUGGGCAGCCCCGAGGAAGAGGAUGAAAACGGCGGUAGCGAGAGCGGGAGCGAGGACAGUGACGAAGAAGGAAUCAUAGUUGAGUUCACGAUGGAGGACAAUAUUCUGGAGGACGUGUUAGAGCACGAAGAGGAUGAGGAGUUGAACGAGGAGGCGAGGCAGACCCAGGACAAGGAAACGAACACCGAAUGCGUUUUCAUCCCUGAACAAGGCAAACAGAGGAAGCUGUCUGCUGCGGGUGCCGUUUCCAGUGCCGUGCACGAUGACAAGAAUUCGAUCGUCAUCAAGAGAAGUCAAACGUUUUCACCCAGUGCCGCGGUCAGCAAGAAUCAUUACAUCUGUCGGCUAAAUCGAAGCGACAGCGAUAGUAGCAUGCCGCUGUAUCGCAGAGGCGGGCCGUUCCAACGCAACUCGGUGGAGAGACGGUCGCUCCGAUGGCGAAGACCUCUGUCCGCACUCAGUUGCAAAACCGCUUCUAAGAAAUCCAGCAACUUGCCACCAACCGCCAGGACUUCGUUGGACCUGGAAUUGGAUCUUCAAGCGCAGCACGCGCGGCUGAACAAUCUUCAAGACGAGCUCAGCCGGUUGCGCGAUUUAAAGCAGAGGCUGGAACAAGCGCGAGAGAAGGGCGACACGGAUUUCGCGGCGUGGCUCCUCGAGGAUCACAAGUUCCAGAAUUUGAUGGCACAGGCGGAGAGCGGGAAGAACGGGAAAAGCGCCGAGGACAAGCGAGUCGAGAAGAUGCUGAAGAAGACCUCCAAGGAGAUCUACAAACUGAGGAAGACGAAAGCCGGGAAGGGAAAACCAGAUAUCAUCUCGUUCAAAGAGAAGAUGGCCUUCUUCACGCGCGUCAAUCUGAAUGUUCCUGUACUACCGCCGGACGAUUCGCCCUGCGAGAACCCUCUAACGUCGUCGCCGUCGAUCCAGCAUAGGAGACACGCCUCGGAGCCGGUCUGCACCGGUGAUUCAACAACGGUGAUGAUGAGGCAUGGUGCUCAGGGUGCGUCGAACCUGGCCGCACGGUCAAACAGUGUUCCUAGCGGGAAUGCGUCCGCGAGCAGGACCGAGGGUACCAGGCUGGCCGACGAACAGAACAGUACAAAUAAAUCGGUGAACGCGAAGGGUCGACCAUCAUCGUCGGAAGUUGUCCAUUGUCAAGAGAACGGACAGGGCCAAGCUGAGACGUUGAAGACAGGGGAGAACGACGGCGAGGAACCGAGGAGGUACGAGUACGUCGUCGACAGGGUCCUCGGCGUCGAAGUGUAAUAAGUCUGCUGCGGGUUUUUAUGCGUGGACAAUAUUAAGGUGAAAACUUUUUUAGUAGUACUACUAAUUCCGUUAAAUGAAAUUUAGGAUUGCUGAAGUGCCUUGCAAGUUGCGAAGUGAUAAAUUGACUUUUUUUUGCAUAAAAAUUCGCAGUCUAGUAAUAAGUUACAGCCUAACGUUAGACGUCCGUCACUUCUUUUACGACGAUUGGUUUGUCUGAACUUUCGCUCUAUUUGGCAGUGCAUAUAUUGCGAUUUUAAAGUGAAAGAGGUAAAGCAGUGGGUAUUAUGAGAAUUCAUUUCGAACGAAACGAUCGAAAGAAAAUGAAGAUGGAGAUAGGUAGUUACUGCCAAUUUAGAAGAUGACACCGUGAUUUCGGGCAAUUAGGUGUGAAACGAAAGGAUUUGUGAAACUGGGACACACGGGAAUUGUUUUCCUCGCUUUUUCGAAUUCUUGGUGCCAUGCACAACGAAGAAAAGAACGUAGACGAACAACCCUAAUAUUCGAACGGCACGCGAUUACGCUAGUUAAACUAGUACAAAGACGAGGAGGAGGCGCGUCGCCGGUGUUGUUAUUGUUUGUUUUUUUUUAUAAUUAUUGGGUAUCGACGCGACGACACGAUGCCGUGAAGAGGAGCUACUUUUCUAGGAAGCGGAAAUUCGCGAAAAGGAGAAUAAGAAAGAGAAAAGAUACACUGUACAUAGUAAAUUAUUUAAACGAGAUUUUAUGUUGCGGAAAUAUUUUUGUUUAUUUAAUUUUGAAAACGUUUUUCGUCGGGUUCCUCCCUCUCGUGCAUCCCGGUUCAUUAUAUCUAUGUAUUAUUAGAAUGUUUAUCAUCAUUUCGCUCGCUUCCCCUUGGUUUUUAUCUCUGGAGCGCGCGCGCGCGCUCGCACACAUACCCCCGUGCACGGACACGCGAAAGGAAUCGUGUGAACCGUUGCAAUGUUUAAAGUACUCGCAAUAACUUAUUAAUCCAUAGGAUUCUCGUCGAGGAAAGAGUCGAGGCUUAGGCGAACCAGAUUUUAAUUUAGGAAAAUUCUUAAUUACCAAGUGAUUUUAAUCAUUAAAAAACUUUUGCGUGUCCAUGUGUAUUGACACGGCCCCACCGAGCAGCUGGUCUGCGACUUAUUUGAAAAUUUUCAAAACUAAGGAAAAUAAACUUUUGUAGCCCUGGUCGGCUGAACUUUCGCCUCCGCUACUGCCAUUUCACAAAAAAUUUUUAUCCACUUUCGAAACUCUGUUCAGAAUAUACAAUUGUCCAAGACUUUCCCAAGUGCUCUUAAGAUCCGGCGAUUACCCUUUGGGAUGACCAGUAACAGAACUCAUCAUCGAACUACACACUCAUUGUAAAUACGACAUUGUAAAUACGCAUCGACAAUCAUGUUUAUUAUAAAUAUAUAGAUACAAGUUUAUAUAUCCAUGUAUUUACAUGUGUGUCCGUGUGUGUGCGUACAGUGACUCGCUCGAAGCUAUUUUAAUGAAGAAAAGAACAUUUUAUGAAUCAUUCGUGUCUUAUAUGUGAAGUUUGGAAUUUCAUUAGCACUGUGCGGUGUAAAAUGUACAAAUCGUAUGUAUAUAUAAAUCCUAGGAUCUUCAAAACUGUUGUCCCAUUUAAAAAAUUUAUGUUCGUGCAUUUUUUAAUUUCGUUUCAAUGUGUACAAUAAGAAGUGGCCUCGCGACGGUGCUAAUAAAAUUUGUAGAAACAAUUUUUUAAUGCAAUUUAAUAAACUAACGUUGAAAUAUUUUUCGCGAGUGGCUGUACAUACGUGGAGUAUGUAUACAUAUGUACGUUAAACACGGCGUGUAUUGUUAUGUAAGUAUGUAUACGAACAACAAAUUAACGCGAUUAAAUUUAUUAUGAAGAAUAUUUUCUAUGAAACGAAGACGAGCAGCUUUCGUUGCUCCCUUGAGGCAGAGUAACGAGAGUCGCACGAAUGGAACCAACUCUGUUGUAAUUGUAAUAUUUAAUUACUGUUAAUAAACGAACGGCGUUGCGUUUCGUUGCGUCGAACGCUGCAGGACGAACAUAGUAAUUGUCAGCGACAGCGAGUAUGCACGCUGACGAAUGGCAAUGAUGAUAAUAAUAAUAAUGGUAAUAAUAAAGGAAGGAGAAACGGUGGCGAAUAGAACGUGAGAGUAGAGAAUGAUGGUACUGAUAACGGUUAAGAGGAUAGUUGAUAAAAUAACGAUAAUGUAUAAGGAAGUAUACACAUACACACAGAGAACACGUGCAUCAUCCGUGAGAAUACACAACCACAGUAUGACUUGUAAGUAACGUUAAAUGGUAGCGAUUCGUAUGAUAACGAUUAAAUGAAAAAAAAAUACAGUAUAUUCUUGCCAUAUUA